AUGGCGCCUUUCCCUCCACCCCCCGUCAAUACCAUUGACUGGUCAAACGUUGGCUUCAAGGUUCGCGAAGUCAAUGGCCACAUCGAGUCGCACUACUCUGUCAAGACGGGCAAAUGGUCACCGCUCAAGUUCGUUGCUGACCCUUACAUCCGUAUCCAUGGCAUGGCUCCGGCCCUCAACUACGGCCAACAAGCCUACGAAGGCCUGAAGGCUUUCCGCCUGCCCAAUGAUUCGGGAAUUGCCAUCUUCCGCCCGGAUCGUAACGCCGAGCGGAUGCAGCGCAGCGCCGAAUUUGUUAGCAUCCCACCCGUGCCCACUGACCUCUUCCUCGAUGCCGUUAAGGCGGCUGUUGCCCUCAAUGCCGAGUAUGUGCCACCGCAUGAGACCGGCGCGGCCAUGUACAUCCGGCCACAGAUCUAUGGUUCAUCGGCCCAGCUGGGUCUCAGCCCACCCGAAGAGUACACCUUCUGCGUGUUCGUCAUCCCGACCGGCGUGUACCACGGCACGCAUCCCGUCAAGUGCUUGAUCCUGGACGAGUUUGACCGCGCGGCGCCCAACGGCACUGGCAGCGCCAAGGUUGGCGGUAACUAUGCACCUGUGCUGCGGUGGAGCGAGAAAGCCCACAAGGAAGGCUUUGGCAUCACCCUGCACCUGGAUAGCAAGAAGCACGAGGAGGUCGAUGAGUUCAGCACAAGUGGUUUUAUAGGCGUUAUUGUCGAUGGCGAGGAUGUGACGAUGGUCGUGCCGGAUAGCAAGGCUGUUAUCGACAGCGUGACGAGCGAUAGCAUCCAGCAGAUUGGGCGUAGCUUUGGGUGGAAGGUCGAGAAGCGGGCAAUUAAGUACUCCGAGCUUCCUAACUUCACUGAAGUCAUGGCCGCGGGGACGGCUGCAGCGCUUGUGCCCAUCCGCUCCAUCACUCGACGCAUUGCCCCCACUCUUCCUCAGGACCACCCACGUGUAUCGGUUAAGGAGGGCGAGGAGACCAUCACCUACAUUCCCGAUAAUAUUGAGGAGCCUGGCCCGCUGUGCACGAAGCUACUUGCCCAGCUCAAAGGCAUCCAACUCGGCAAGCUGGAGGAUUCCUUUGGCUGGCGUUUUGAGGUCACCGAGGAGGAUGGCAAGCGCGUCCUCAACAACGGGAACAUCUCUGCAUAG